CGCAGAGAGAAAUUUGUACAGUGGCGAGUAGCGACUAAGACGACACGGUCAUGUUACGUCGAUAAACGCGUGUGUUGUAGCUAUACUCGAGUGAAGUUAAUACAGUCAUUGUCGUUGGAAUUUAUUUGUCAAAAAUGAGCAAUCCAUCGGAGACUUUUUUCGAUUAUUAUAAGCUACCAGGACCUUGGUACAACGUCAAGUACACGAUUUAUUACUGGUUUUUCACUGCGAUUAAGACGAUUUUGCGUUUAUUCGACAUUCAUACGAAACACGGUAAACCGGAAGACAACGACGGGCCACACGAACUUAACGAACAUAUUGGAUAUGACGCCACUUGGAUUGGAGGCACCACGCCUGACGGCAAAUGGAUCAUAUUGGCGCUCGAUAGACGAAACGAUUGUAAAAUUUCCAUAGGAUACGCGUCUUUAAAGAUUCCAGGAAUCGGACACCUGUCUACUCCGAUGUAUCCAAAAUCCAUGGAUAACGCGYUGGGAAAUAGCGACAAYGGUUUUAUUUUGGAUAAAUUUACUAUGACAAUGAUCGAACCUCUCCGACGUUGGAAAGUCAAUUUCGAAGGUAAAAUGACGUUUGUAGACGAUCCGGACACUUCGGCUAACGUAAAGAUAACGGCAGAGUGGACGAGCAAACAUGACGUGUGGCUACUGAACCGGGACUUGAGUAGCGAAUCGUUUGCCGACUCGAUCGCGCUGGAAAACUGGAAUAUGUUCUCCGCCACCAUAUUCGACCGUUCCAAAGACAACGUGGUGCAUUGGGAACAAUUCGGUCGGUUGGACGCUAACAUCGAGAUCGACAGGAUMGGAAUCGAAAUUCGCAACGCCGCGACCGUCAGGGACAGAAGCUUCGGUAAAAUUAGAGAUUUUACAGCGUUGCACAGAUACUUCUACAUAACCAUGUUCAUGGAAAACGGUCAGUCUUUGGUGAUCACGGUAGUUUGCCACAAAAAGACGUUUUCGCGGCUGUUUUUCGGAUUUAUCAGCAACGACGAUGGUACCAAYAGCAACAUAGACUGGACCGAUUUGAACAUAUAUCAAUUCGGCGAAAACGGCAGAGUUACCGAAGAACUGUGUUUUUUAAUAAGAAUCGGUAAAGUCGUCCGUGCCGUGCAAGUCGUGUGUGACAGCAACCAACACUGGUAUCGACUGGAAAAGGGUGUAAUAAGAUGCGAACAGGUCGGUGACUGUUUGGUCGACCAUGUGCCUGGAAAGUGUAUGAUCCAGUCAYUGUACAGCGAGACGUCGCUGAAGGCGAAAACUUUUUGCAAGCAACUGAGUUAUUUGGACUAUUAAUUAUAUUUCAACAAUUAUAUCAAAGAUUUUUUUUUUAAAGAUAUUAUUAUUGUGUUAACUAUCUGCGAUUUUUUUCUUUUGUUUAUGUCUAAGAAAAAUCGAAUCGAUAAUCCCACUCACGGUUAUAUAUUCGAUGUCCGCAAUAAUAGACUGUCGGGUGUGCAAUACUAUGCAUUGGUCCUACCAAAUCAAUUUUUAUAUCAAUUAUAAAUUAUAAUCAAAACAAUACAGCAUUAU